AUGGAUGCCUCAAAGUAUUUUAUGUACACUCCACUGAUCGAAAAUCCGGUGACCAGGGCAGUUUCCAUUGAACAGGGAGUUGCAGGUCGUGAUUCCUCCGCCGACCACUUCGUCGGAGUGAAAUCAAUCAAUGAAGGAAUAGGAGGAACGAAGAUAAGCACAGUUGUUCCUUACACCAAAAUGGAAACCUCAAUCUUUGAUAGCCUUACAGAAGCUUUCAGUGAAGCAGCGAUCAACAUCUUUAACAUGACUAGAGUAGAAUCUGUGCCACCUUUCCAGUUAUGUUUCAGUUCAAACAAUAUAGGUAGAGCCAGAACUGGGCCGGAAGUGCCUACCAUUGAUCUGGUGUUAGCAGAGAGAGAUGGUGUUUUGGAGAAUUUGGGGCUCAAAUUCUAUGGUAAGGGAAAACGAGGAUGUGCUGUGCUUGGCGAUGCUAGAUGGGGGAUGGAGACCCAUUAG